AUGAUCCCUAAAUCGCUACUCCUCCUUUUGAGCGCCCUUGCCUCUCUUUCAUAUGCCUCUCCGACUGCAAACCCCGGCGCUGACGCUGAUGCUGUCGCCGCCGUCGAGAAACGCGACACAGGCGUCUGGUUGGACCUCUACCAUGCCGGCGACUGCAAGAGCGGCUGGGAGCCGCAGGACAAAUCAGGCUGGGUCUGGGACGGCCGAUGCAAAAACUUCGACUCUUUCACCUACGGUGCGAAAGUCGGCGAUGGGGAUUGGUCGGAUUGUAUCUUGAAGUUCUGGGAGAAUCCUGACUGCAAUGGACGUGCGACGACUCAUCAUGUUUGGGAUGGAGCAAGACCCAAGUUGGGGGCGCCUACUAGUUAUCCUUGCUUUGCAACAGCAAAUAUUGGGAAGGAAUUCUACUUGCAGAAUGGGGCAGCAAGUGUACAGUUGAUAUGCUAG